UGUGGUGAUAUUGAAGCUGGACGUCAGGUUUUUGAUGAUAUGCCGCAGAGGAAUGUGGUUUCUUGGACGGCGAUGAUAGUUGGCUAUGUACGUGUGAAAAAUUCCAUUGAGGCGUUGCAGUUGUUUAGGAGAAUGAGGGAUGGAGGUAGAGAGAAUGCUACUACUAUUACUAUUGUUGCCGUGCUCUCAGGUUGUGCUGAUGUUGGAGCUCUGGAUUUUGGGAGGUCUAUUCAUGGGUAUGUUAACAAGAUAGCUGGUUUUAGCAUGGAUGUUGCUGUAAAUAAUGGAUUAAUUGAUAUGUACGCAAAAAAUGGAAACCUUGAUUCAGCUGAGAAUAUAUUCAUUAGGAUGGUAGAUAGGGAUUUGUUUUCGUGGACAAGUAUAAUUUCAGGGUUGGCAAUUCAUGGUAGAGGUAAGGAUGCACUUGAUUUUUUCGAUGAGAUGGUGGCAUCUGGGAUGCACCCCAAUGAGAUUACGUUUCUUUCUGUACUUUCAGCUUGUAACCAUGCAGGAUUGGUUGGUGAGGGACUGAACUUCUUUGAAAGAUUGAAAAAUUCUCCUAGAUUUGAACCCAUGAUGGAACAUUAUGGGUGUAUGGUAGAUCUUCUUGGUCGAGCAGGAUUGCUUGAAGAAGCUGUUGGAUUGAUUCAGGACAUGCCCUUCAAGCCAGAUGCUAUUAUGUGGAGAUCAUUUCUCAGUUCUUGUUUAGGACAUAAUAAUUCGGCUUUGGCUGAAAUGGCAGCGAAAGAGGUACUUGAACUGGAGCCUGAUGAUGAUGGUGUAUGCGUGCUCCUUUGGAACUUGUAUCGCUCUAAAAAAAUGUGGCAAGCUGCUUCAAGGAUGGAGAGGAUGAUGAAGGAUCAGAAAAUAAAGAAAAAACCUGGGUGUAGUUGGUUGAAGUAAAUGGUGUUGUUCAUGAAUUUCUUGCUGAAACUUCAUUACCUUCUGUAGCUGGUGAUGUAUACAUUGCUCUACAAGGCAUUGCUAGACAAUCAAAAAUGAAUAGUGACAUUUUCAUGCACAAGAAGGAUUGUACAGUGACAGAAUGCAUCUAGUAGAACGAAUAUUGACAUUUUUAGAUAAAAGUUUUUGAAGUGAAGCAUGGAAGUUCCUGAUUGGAGACAGUAAAAUUAGCAUUUUCAGAAUUCAAGGGGACCAAAAUGUGGGUUUUCUUGGAAUAAGCUCAGUACUGUUUCCUCCAUACCUUUAUUAGCGCCUCGCUGUACUAAAUUGGAAAACCUCAUCCUUCCACCACUGAAAUGAAGUGGGUUCUGUUGGACAGGUAGUUGAUGCCUUGAUUCCUUGAUGGUCUGGAUGGUCAAUUCAUGCUUCUUUGUUGCCCUUGUGGCAUGUGUUCUGCUGGAAAGGUACUUCUUCCAGAAGUGAAGGAAGCAGAUUAUAUGGAUGGUAGUGACGUUAAUUGGUGAGUCACUGCAUACAGAUACAGUUCGGCUGGGAAUUUAGAGUUGGAUAGUCUUCACGUUGCCUCAUUGUAUCUAUUGUCCCAAGAAAAUGUUGAGUAAUAUUUCCUGGUGACCUCCUGGAUUUUUCUCAAGUUCCUUAUCUUCAGCAUAGUUUGCACGUAAAUGCUUCUGAGUCGCACAUGUGUGUAUUAAAAGCAGAAUUUACACGCAGUGUAGCAAACAUCAUUCAAAUGCUUUUCAGGCUGAUGACUAAGAACUUGGAAUUUCUUUAUUGAUGCGCUCGUCUAAUAUAUGUUAAUUUAGCUCUUUCCUAUGCUCAUUUCAUGAAUGUGACUAUGUACCCCUCUGUACCA